AUGAUGACGCCUAUUGAGGAGAAGAAAGAUGAAAAAAUUCGCACAGGUAUGGUGCAGGUGUCGGACGGCAAGUCGCGGCCGAGGCCUGCGCGACUUGUGCUCACGAUGGACGCGGUGACCGUCCAGCGCGAGGCCCCUGUGCCCGUUCAGCCGACUAAGGAAAAGAAUGUACCUCAUGCCAGGCAAGUCGUGCUGGCGAGCUCUUCUUGGUUCCCAGGGGACGCCAUCGUGGUGAUGCAGGCUACUAAAAACCACCUGUCGGCCUACCUAUCAGGCGCCCGACUCUAA